AAUAUAAUGCAAAAAUACAUAUUUAAUCCAGAACCAAAUGAAAGGACAGUUUUAAUAACAUGAAAUAAUUGAUUAUUGAAGUUUAAAACUGUUUUUCAUGUUCUUUCUCUGUUUUUUUUUACACGAGAAAGCUAUUUCUAUAAAAAUUCUAUCUAACAAUAUCUAAACAGAAACAAUACGGGGACAAUUUAUGUGCGGUACUGCUUUCUAUGGAAAGCGGUUUUCUCAAAUGAUUACUAAAUUUUUAUUCUUUUCACUGAAUUCAUAAUGAUGUCGCUUCAACGUUUCGUCGAAUGAGAUUUCUAAUGAGGCUUUUGACGGUUUUCACGCUGUACACUGAUAAUUUACAAGUGUUCCGUGACGGAACUUUAAGUAAGAGAAGAUCUUCUGACACUUAUAAGGAUGUACACUGCGGCAUCCCUUUUAGACAGAAGUCAGAAUUCAAGAUGUUUAGAUUGAUCGUGAUAUUUUGUCUCAUCGUUCACGUUUGCGCAACGGAAGCUCACUGGAAAGGCUACAGACCACUUUGCAGAUACUGGUGUAGGACGAUCGAUCAUCAAUAUUAUUGCUGUCCAAGCGGAAAAGCUGAGAGUUGGGCGGAAUAUAUUUGGUAUUCUUUCCUACACCCAUGGCUGCUAAUGAUCACCGUUGAAUCUGCACCGAUCGACACGUUUUGGCCAGAAAAUGUCCAUGAGGAAGAAACAGGGAAACAUUGCCCGCCGUUGAGAACCCAUUGUCCACGAACUUAUGAUUGGUACUCACUGCCACCAACUUCUUGCCACGGCGACGAGGAUUGCGACAAAUGGGAAAAAUGCUGCUACGAUGUUUGUCUUGAACACAAAACCUGCAAACAUGCAGAAUAAUAAAUGAAUCGUUCUUUUAAUUGGUAGUAUUCCAAUUAUUUGUUAAAUAUGAUUGUUAUAAAUUGUAUAUCCCUUAUAAUUAGCCCAAUUACUUAUCAUAUGAUACUUAUAGAAAACAUCUUUCUUUAUGAUAUUAAA